UUUAAAUGAAAUACUUCCUGGUUAAUACGUUUUUCGUGGAAAUGAAUUUUAAUGACAUGUACUGUUUAGCUUUAAAGUGGAUAAUUUUAGAAAUAUCGGAUAAAAUAUAUGUUUAUUUGUAUAUAGGAUGUAAUCUAUGUAAACGACUGGUGAUAAAGCAAAACUAGGCUAAUGAUUUAAUGAAGAAAUACAUUCGAAGUGUGUGCCUUGUGGGCUGUCUAUUUUAAGCGAAUUAUUUAGCUAUGUGAUAACGCGGAAUGUAACAAAUCUACACUCAUGGACGUCAGUAUACAAUCAAAAUUAAUUAAGGUUACAUAUGAUAAACCAUAAUUUAUUCGACAAAUUACAACUCAGACAUAAUUGAUUUAAGUGAAAUAUGUCAAACAACUGUUGCGAAAGUUGUUGUUCAUCUGUGAAAGAUACAGAGACGUUUAUUACGAGUGGUAUUAAAGAUGAACAAACCGUUACCCAACAGCCGAAGCCCCAGAAUUCCACCAACGGAACAAACCAGCCCAGAGAAUAUAAAAAAGACAUAGACUGGCGUGAUUCAGAAAUAAACAAACUUAAAGAGGAAAUCGACAGCCUUAAAGGCAAAAAUAAUGAGCUUCUUACAAGAUUAAGUGCAACAGCAAGCGCAAAACUUACUGACGAUAAUCCAAACAUAGCAGAUCUGAGCGACAUGAACCGUCCAACAAAAUUAUCAGAGCAAUAUUCAGAGUUAUAUGAUAAUGAGUGGACCGAUGCAUUUGAUGCACUUACGAAAACGGAGAAAGGAAACAAACAUGAAGAAGAGUCAUGCAAGCUCCUGCUUGAUGUGCUGACGACAAUCUAUUCAGAAUGUUAUGAAAGGUCAAAGAAGAGUCUUCAGGAAUUGACAAAAGCGCUAUCAUCUUUUAACGGGAUGGAAGUUCCUUCCAAAGUAGUUCUGAAGGCAGUGAAAGAUGACAGAAAAAAGAAUUACAGCUAUACGAUUACUAAACUUAGGGAGGAGGUGAAACCUUCAUUACAAAGUAUAAUCACAGAGAAGGAUACGUGUUUCAUUGCAAAUUACAUCGACAAAUGCAUAACAUUGUGUUGGCUUAUGGCCAUUCAGGAUCCUCCCGUGUAUAUAGAUGUCGAGACGCACCGGCAUGAUGCAGGACUAGAUACAGAUAGAUACAAACAUUAUACACAGUCUGGAACAGCUAUCGAUUACAUAGUUUGGCCUGUAUUAUAUCUACAUGAAAGAGGAAAUAUACUGUGCAAAGGUAUUGCACAGGGAAAAAAGAGUGAUCCUGACUCUGAUGCAAAUACUAGCCCAGGAACAGAUGUCUUUGUUACACAUUUUUGAAACUUUUGUAGGUAAUUUACCACUCGCAAAGUGUACACCAGUGUGCAUACUGAUGAUGUCCAUCAGAUGAUAUGAACGCAUAUUAAUCAGUAUCCAAACAGGAUAAAUAUAGAGUCAAAUACAAAUGCUGACUUUAUAGAGUUGUCUUGUAUUAAAACUAAAUGAGGGAGAACGCAUCUCGAGGGUUCAACGCAAUAAAGGCGUAUCUACCUAUAGUUAUUAUAUGUAGAUACGCCCUUAUUGCGUUGAACCCUCGAUCUUGAACAUUGGGAUUUAUAGUAAGGUUUCAAUAUGCAAUAUACAAUAUGUUCACAUAUCUACUCUGAAAAUUUGUUAAGCAGAUACGGUAUAUUCAAUAUUUUUAUAUUUUAUCAGCAUUUUAUCCUAACGCAUCAUAAUACUGCAUCAUUUAAGUCAGUUCUACGCAUCUGAUUAGAAGUGACGGAGAACUGUCAUUUGAUCGAAACACCUAGAAUAAUGUGUGGUACAUGUAGCUAUCAUGAAGAAAGUUUGGUACUAGCUAGGAAUUUAUUAUAUCGAGUUUAUAUAGUGUUAAGAGUCAGCACUUCUGUCCUUCAUAAGUUUUCUUUUGACAAUAGACUAGUUUAGAUGUAAAUUAAUUAAAAAUGAUAGCAUCAAAUAAAUGUAAGGACUCAAACUGAUGUUUGGCGAAAUAUAAAAUUAAGCAUAUGGACCUACAUAUCUUUGCCAUAUAAUUAAAAUUAAGUAAACGAACAAUGAGGAAAAUAUCAUCAAACUCUACAUUGUCGUCUUUUGUUUUGAAAACGAAAAUGUCUUCAAAUAUGGGAUCUUCCCAUAGAUGUCCAUUGUGAAAAGUGAUAGAUUUUUAUAUCGGUCUAAAAUAUAAUCAGGCAUACGA